UAAAGUUUGACUCGAUGGAUGCGAACGUUCAAAUUUCUGUUUUCUCUUAACAAAUUGAAAAGAUUGAAAAGUAUAAACUUUAAAAAAUGUUUUUGAUAUGUUAUAAGUCCUGGCUUAUGGCAAAGCCAAAUCAUCGGAGGCAGUUUGUAAAGGCAGUAAGAGCAUUCUCAACAAAUGUCAAUGACCAUAGAAGAAAUUACGACGUUAUUGUUAUUGGAGGUGGACAUGCGGGAACGGAGGCGUGUGCCGCAGCUGCGCGAAUGGGCACCAAUACAUUACUCAUUACACAAAAGAAAAAUACAAUUGGAGAGAUGUCUUGCAAUCCAUCAUUUGGAGGGAUUGGCAAAGGGAAUCUUAUGAGAGAAAUAGAUGCACUUGAUGGCAUCUGUUCCAGAAUCUGCGAUAUUUCGGGAAUUUUUUAUAAAGUACUAAAUAAAAGGAAAGGGCCAGCUGUUUGGGGCCCUAGAGCACAAAUCGAUCGUAGUUUGUAUAAGCAAAAUAUACAAGCAUAUCUCUUUAAUAUUCCUAGAUUGGAGAUUAUGGAAUCCUCAGUCGAAGACUUAUUGUUAAACGAAGACAGUACAAAAUGUUGUGGAAUUAUUUUAAAGGAUGGAACAAAAAUAUUUAGCAGUUCAGUCGUAAUAACAACUGGAACAUUUUUAAAAGGAGAAAUACAUAUAGGUUUAGAAACAAGACCGGCUGGUAGAUUAAAUGACGAGCCAAGUAUUGGAUUGGCUAAUACACUCGAACGUUUAGGAUUUGAAAUGGGAAGAUUAAAAACUGGCACACCUCCGCGUUUGGAAAGAUCAACGAUAGAUUUUUCCAAAUCUAUAUGUCAGCAACCGGAUGAAAUUGCCGAACCAUUUUCCUUUAUGAAUGAUUCUGUGUGGAUAAGCGUAGAGCAUCAAAUACCUUGUUAUUUGACACACACAUCACCACGUGUAACACAAAUUGUUAAAGAUAAUCUUCAUAAUAAUAAACAUGUUACGCAAGAAGUUAAAGGUCCUAGAUAUUGUCCAAGUAUAGAGAGCAAGGUAUUAAGGUAUCCAAAUAAUAAACAUAAUGUUUGGUUGGAACCCGAAGGUCUAGAUUCUCCAUUAAUUUAUCCAUCCGGAUUAUCGUGUACAUUACCAGCUGAUAAACAGGAAGAAUUAAUUAAACAAAUCCGCGGUUUAGAGAAUGCAAAAAUGGUAAGGCCAGGUUAUGGAGUCGAGUACGAUUUUAUCAAUGCCAGAGAACUUAUUUCUACAUUAGAGACAAAAAAAAUCGAUAGUCUGUUUUUGGCUGGCCAAAUAAAUGGAACAACUGGCUACGAAGAGGCUGCUGCACAGGGUAUCAUUGCUGGAAUCAAUGCUGCUGCCAAGGCUUUAAACAAGCCACCUUUAAUUAUCAGUCGAAGUGAAGGUUUUAUCGGCGUACUUAUCGACGAUUUAAUAACCAAAGGUACAACGGAGCCAUACAGAAUGUUUACAAGUAGAUCUGAAUUUCGAACAAUAUUACGUCCUGAUAAUGCUGAUAGACGACUAACCGAAAUAGGUUAUAAAAUAGGAUGCGUCACGGAGGAAAGAUGGAAAAAAACAGAGAAUGUGCUCAAACAAAUUGACAACAGUUUGGGUGUAUUAAAAAGUAUUAAAAAAACAUAUCAAAAAUGGCAAAAGGUAUUUGACCUACCAAAUAUAAAAAAUAAUAAUUUAAUGACGGCAUUUAAUUUUCUAAUAAAUAUGGACUUGCCUGUCGAUAUGCUUGUUAAAGAAUUUCCUGAGCUUCAAUAUUUGCAAAGCAAUCAUCGCUUGUAUAAUAGAAUAAAGAUCGAAGCUAAAUAUGCUAAUUCCGCAGUAGAAGAAAUGCAAAUAGUAGAGGAAUUAAGAAAGAAUGAACGACUAUUAAUUCCAAAUAAUACUGAUUAUAAUUCUUUAUAUUUGAAUAUUAGUCUAGAGGAGAAGGAAAAACUUACGAAAAUACAACCUCGAAAUAUGGCUGAUGCUUAUUCUAUAGAAGGUGUGACACCAUCCACGUUAAUCAAAUUAUACAAUUAUAUACAAAUCAAAAAGUAUGAUAAAGAAUACUGGGACUUUAAAGUAUUUCUCAUAAAUGAUGAACAGUGA